GAAUUUCCCUUCAGUCGUGAUCUAGCGCUCAAUGUGUAUACAUCAUUUUUGUGAAGAAAUUUAAUCCAACAGCCAAUUAAACAGCGGUCGCGUAUAUUGUUUAUUGGUUUACAAGUUAAUAGUGUGUGUUUAUAUGCCAACUGUUACAGAAACUUCAAGGAAAAAAGCGCAACCUAUAAUGGCAUCGGAUCAAGAGUCUUGUUCGGACGAGGAGCCUGACAGUGAGAUGCUGAGUGACGACCUGUGUCUCCCCGACAGCGAUGAUGACAGCAGACAGCCGAGAACAAUACAGAAUAUUUCGGAAGAGCUGUCAAAUCUGAACCCUUGCUUGCUGCGACCGCCACGGAAACUCUUCACAAACUGCAGAGAGCGCUGGAGGCAGCAGAACGUUAGUGGUGCGUUUGCGGAGCUUCGGAGACUGGUGCCCACUCAUCCACCAGAUAAGAAGCUAUCGAAGAACGAAAUACUCCGGAUGGCUAUCAGGUACAUAGGACUUCUUUGCGAGGUCCUGGAAUGGCAGAAGAACCACAGCGUCACCAAUAAGGAGAAUUCCGGUAGCUUGGCGAUCAAAUGUGAAUCUCCGCUGAGUCCUCAAUCCAGAAGACUUCGAUUAAAACGGCAGUGUUUUGACGAAGACGGUCCAAGAGCCAAACUGUACCACGAUCAAGAAGAGUAUUUCCGGUACGGCAACGAAGAAAAUCAGGAGAUGUUAAGAGGAAAGGGCUUGGGAAGACCAGAUUUGUAUUUCGGGAAGGAACACCUUAGGGUGUUGAGACACCAGUAUUACUAUUCGCCGAGGUGGAGACAGACAUACCCGUUCAGAAGUCUGGCCGAUCGCAACGGGAAUAACUUGCUGAUGAUCGCUCCCCUCCAGAAUGGGGGGAAAGAAGAUGUAAAGCCGAACGGUUGUAAAGAGAACGAGAAAGAAGAUAACAAGUAGCGUUUCUAAUGAUUUGCGUUGUUAGGAUCUAAAUCGCGAUCUCGUAGAAAAUUAUGAAACAAAAUUUAGAACUAGUUUCAGAAUUCUAUUUAUUUUUAAACUUAUUGGAGGAAGAUGGAGUAGGUGAUUCUGCUGAUUGGGCAUAGUAACUAUCACGUGUUAGUAAUGCCCAGCGUGCUUAGUGCGAGUUUUUUAACGUUCUCGAUAGCGUAAAAGUUAACACAAAUUUGUAUGGGGUUCCAGUUUCUCUUCAUUUGUCGCUAGGGGGGCUGUUUCAAACUCCAUACAAGUUUGAGUUAACUUUUACGCGAUCGAGAACGUUAAAAAACUCGCAAUAAACACAGGCGGUUAUAAGUUAAGCGGGAGAGUACCAAGCUAAAGAAGUUUUUUUUUUUUUUUCCUACCUAUUCUGGUGGCCUUGAGAGGCUAUUCCAGCGUAACCUUAACUAGUAGGUGAGCUCACGGGGCUUUGUUUGCUAGCAAGAGCCGUGCUUCGCAGAAUCUACCACCGCAUCGGAAACGCGACCCACUGAGAAGAUCCGGCGAAACUCAGUGGGCUGUGUCUGAGAGUUAAUUAACUCGUCGAGCCCUUCGUCCCAAGCGACGGGUUCGAUGAGAACGGUGACCGGUGCUUGAAGUACCUAGAAGCACCGUUAGUGGAUCGGGAGGAUCCGAGAUGACGUGUUUUGGGCGACGUCGACUGCUUUCCAUUCUGUCCGCAGGAUCGGGAAUGUAGUUACCGGCGGCCACGAUGAGAGGGUUCUCGUGUCGCGCCACUUUAUCGAAGUGGGCUAAAGAAGUCGAAAAGUACCGUAAUUUAUCAAUACCUACGCUUUUAUUAGUUUGGUACUACGUUUGGCGCUAGGGGCGCUGUUCCCACUGCAUACUUUGAGUUAACUUUUACGCUAUCGAGAACGUUAAAAAACUCGCACUAAACACACAGGUACUCAUCCGAGCUGCUUCUCUCCAUCUCUCCUAUAUUCUAUUCUACGUCCUUUUUUUUUAUUGCUUAGAUGAGUGAACGAGCUCACAGCCCACCUGGUGUUAAGUGGUUACUGGAGCCCAUAGACAUCUAUAACGUAAAUGCGCCAUCCACCUUGCACACCACACACCUAAGCAAUAAAAAAAGAAAAAAAAAAGUUUUUUCAGAAUAAGUACUAUUCAAAUUUAAUAAUUUUAAAGAUUUGCUUAAGAAUUAUUUGUAGAAAUAAAAGUUACCCACA